AUGGAUGAGAAAAACUUCACCCAAGUGAAAGAGUUCAUACUUUUAGGGUUCACAACAGACUUGUGGCUACAGAGAGUGCUUUUUUUCAUCUUCCUCCUCAUUUAUAUCAUCAGUCUCCUUGGGAACAUCACCCUGAUUUCACUGAUCUGUGGUGAUUCUCGGCUCCACACCCCCAUGUAUUUCUUCAUAGGAAAUUUGUCAUUCCUGGAUCUCUGGUAUUCUUCUGUCUAUGCUCCUAAAAUUCUGAUGACUUGCAUCUCCGAAGAUAAAAGCAUCUCCUUCGCUGGCUGCCUAGCUCAAUUCUUUUUCUCUGCUGGUCUGGCCUACAGUGAGUGUUACCUAUUGGCUGCCAUGGCUUAUGACCGCUACGUGGCCAUCUCCAACCCCUUGCUUUAUACCCAGGCCAUGUCCUCAAGGUUAUGCAUCUGUCUUGUUGCAGUUUCCUAUGCUGGUGGCUUUCUUAACUCCACCAUCAUUACCAGUGAGACUUUCACCUUAAGCUUCUGUGGAAACAAUAUCAUUGAUGACUUUUUCUGUGAUCUGCCACCUCUUGUAAAGUUAGCCUGUGAUGUGAAGGAAAGUUACCAGGCUGUUCUCUAUUUCAUUCUUGCGUCCAAUGUGAUUACUCCCACUGUGCUUAUUCUUGCUUCCUACCUCUUCAUUAUUGCUGCCAUCUUGAAGAUCCGCUCCACCCAAGGUCGCCUCAAGGCCUUCUCCACUUGUGGCUCUCACCUGACAGCUGUCACUUUGUACUAUGGUUCCAUCCUUUUCAUUUACUCCCGGCCAAGUACUAGCUAUGCCCUUGAAAGGGAUAAAGUGGUAUCUGUGUUCUAUACCGUAGUCAUUCCCAUGCUAAAUCCAUUGAUCUAUAGCUUAAGAAAUAAAGAUGUUAAAGAGGCCCUGAGAAAAAUGAUAGAGAGAGUGAAGUUUUUCUAG